AUGCGAAAGGAAAUGUUUCUCCGCGUAGCGCGAGAUAUACACUCCUUUAACAGCAUUCAACCGCUACUGAAGCACUUUCAGUUUUUUCACAAAGAGGCGACGGAUGCUUCUGGUCGUCCCGGUUUUAACAUUUUCCAGAAAUGCACUGCUGCAAUACGCCAGUUACUGUAUAGCUAUAAGGCUGAUGCUUUGGACGAGUACUUGCAAAUGGCGCAAAAUACGGGGUACCAGUGUUUAGACGCUUUCUGCAAGUGUGUGAUACACCUGUAUCAACACGAGUACUUGAGAAGGCCAAUAGAAGCAGAUAUCGAGCGGUUAACUGCUAAACAUGAGCAGGUUAAUGGUUUUCCGUGUAUGCUUGGUAGCAUAGAUUGCAUGCAUUGGGGAGGAGGAACUGUCUGGUGGCACGACAAGGGCAGUAUACGCGAGGCGACAAGGGGCAUCCCACAAUCAUGCUUGAAGCGGACAAGGCUCCUAAUUAAAGUAGAGUUUUCGGUGAAUGGCCACCGCUUUGGAAAGGGAUAUCACCAAGCAUAUGGUAUUUAUCCUGAAUUGGUCACUCUUGUGAAGUCUUUCAAGUGCCCGAUGGACACGAAAACCACCAAGUUUAAGAGGUACCAAGAAGCUGCAAGGAAGGAUGUCGAGCGAGCAUUCGGGGUUCUUCAAGGUCGUUGGCAGAUUAUUGAGCAACAAGCCCGGGCCUACAGUGUGAACAAGAUAAAACGUAUCAUGUUAUGUUGUGUGAUUUUGCACAACAUGAUCGUUGAAGAUAACGGGCGCGCAAUCACACAGUUUGAAGAAGAGUUGAUAACUAAUACUGUCCUCCCAACUCGCACGUGGAAUGAAAGGUGUUCAACACAACUUCGUAUGUACGGGGAGUUGCGCGAUAGAAGGACUCAUCAUGAACUCCGCAAUGCUCUGAUUGAAAAUGUUUGA